GUAUCAAGUCCGCUGCCUCAAGUCCAUGUCACCCUUCAGGGACAACCUUCUCCUCCACUCGUUGGCGUUUCAGGUUUCCAGAGGAUGAUGCAAGCAGUACGAAGCAGUUCCCUUCUCCAGUGACACAGACACGACAGACCUCGCUUGCCUCGUCUCCCAUCCGGACAGCUUAUGGGUCCUAGAUUCGAUCAUCCUGCGUAUCUCCUGACCCGACCGCAUCCUCCUCCAAGAACUGGUCUCGAGUUUCUGAGCGGUUUCAGCUUUGAAAGUCUUUUGUUCGACGCAACAUUCCUCUCAGUCUACUGGCACAGGACGCUGCGGUGCACGCGCCUCAACUCGGAUCUUGACCUGACAUCGAUUUUCACAACGCUACUGAAAUGCUAGCCUUGUGAAAGGAGGAGGAACACAUCACAGUCCGCUUACGCGGUACGAGCACAGGAAGUUGACAGUGACAAUGUUGGCCUCGCAACCACCGUACACGGUGCCUACUAUUCCCACGACUACUCAACAGGUACCUAUUCGAAACUUCGCCGAAGGCACCCAGAGAACACAGAUGACUUCGCUGGCUCUCCAAGAUGGCCUGUUCACCUCUCCUACCAACUCCGAGUUCUCCGACGUCUACGAUGGCUUAGACUCAGUAAGAGCAUGGGACGAGAAGAAAGUUGGCGAGUGGCUGCAGUCCAUACGUUGCGGACAGUAUGAGUCACUCUUCAAAGCCAACAACUUCACCGGCGAAAGUCUCCUAGAGUGUGACCAAAAGAUAUUGUCUGAGAUAGGGAUCAAGAAGAUCGGGGAUCGUGUGCGGAUCAACGUUGCGAUAAAGCAACUUCGAAACAAGUCCUCGGUACUACGGACGCGGAGAAACAGAGACUCUCUUGCUGUUCUCGAUGGCUUUGUUGGUACCCCUUCUUCGUCCGACUCACCUCGAACACACGCGUCCAGAUCACAGACUGGAAGCGGCAAGAGAUUCUCUCGCCAAUUUGAUCCCUCGGCCUUGCAAAAUUUCAGCUCAGCAAGCACCGGCUUCAAGGUCGGUUCACGACCAAGCUCACCACUAGCUGAUGUACAUAGCGCAGGCUUGCGAGCACAUCGUUAUGCUGGGAGCCCCAUGGACAACAGCAGGAGUAACCCGACUACCGGCUACUUCAGUCAACCAGGUUCGGCCAAUUCCACAUCUGGGAAACGACCUGAAACACCUCAGAUUGUCAGCGUACCUGCCCGGGCUACGCACAUGCGACAAAAUUCCAGUAUUGACGGCUUGACUGCGGGCGGAUUGCCCAUAGGUUCACCCGUUAUCAAGAUCAUUCAUACUGGCGGGCAAACGAAAGUUGUCAACAUCAAAUACUGCAAAACUCCAGACGAUGUAACCUCGACAGUUCUGAAAAAAUUGCAUCUUCCGGAGACUCACUUUCGCAAUUACUGCUUUUACAUCCUCAGUGGUCUCGAUCCCGAACCUGCCAACUGUCGUCGCGUGCCCGAGUCUGAAUUGAUGAGGAUCUGUGGCGACUCGACCCGGACUGAGAGGAACAGAUUGAUACUGAGGAAGAUUAAUGACGGACUCCCUGACUCCGACGAGCUACGCAAAGCAGCGAAAAUUGCGACCGACGAAUCACAGAUUCUGCAUAAUAAUGCUUUGAGCACGAACAAUAUGCGCAACCAGAUCAAACUUCAGAAAUUGACCGGCGAAUCAUGGCAUCAUAUCCAAACCCCUAUCUCGCCCGUUACGACGACCGAUCGAAAUCGCAAUGUCAUGGCCACGGCGGAUGAAUACGAACGCCAGGAAGCGCAACAACAUCUUAGAGUCCCGAGCAAUCAGAGCUCCAGACUACGAUCAUUCUUCGGCGCGCGACCUCCAAGCGAGAUGAUAGUACAAGAGUUGACAACGUAUUUCCCGGGUCAUCAGCGCGAAGACAUUGAGAAGACUAUGAGGAUGUCAGUGCGACGAUCACAGCGCAUGAGUCGAGCGGCCAACCGCUUGAGCGUCAUGAGCAAUGUUAGCUACGCUUCCAGUCUCAAAGACGCUCCUCCCGUGCCCAACAUUCCUAGCAUUGCCGAGUCCUGGCUUGCUCAGACUCCAGGACAACCUCGGACGCCAGCAGCACGGCCUUUAUCAGUGGUCUCUGCCAGGUUCAAUUUGCCAUCUUCGUCCUUCAGAGAUUCUAUCGCAUCUUCGACUCUCCAUCCCCUUCAAGAAGAAUCUCCUUUGGAGCCAAAUCGGAAAUCUUACGUCUCUUUCGAUAGCGGGUCUGAUACUGCACUGGGCAGUGAGCUAGUCCGAGGGAGCUACAUCGAUGAGCGCUCCAGCAGCCUUGGAUCCGAGCACGUCAACGAGCGAUUGUCUGUCAUCGUCGCCGAAGAUGGCGAAGAGGAGGACCAAGAGCUGACUUCCUUCCUCAGAGGCAAUAGCUUCGACAAGAACAACUGGAUGAAAGGAGAUCUUAUCGGCGAGGGCUCUUUUGGCAGUGUUUAUCUUGCACUGCACGCUGUCACCGGCGAACUCAUGGCUGUCAAGCAAGUUGAACUCCCCAACGUAGCCAAAGGCACUGAAAGCGAUAAAAAGAAAACUGCGAUGAUUGCUGCGCUCAAGCAGGAGAUCAAUCUGCUUCAGGGUUUGCGCCAUCCUCAUAUCGUCCAAUACCUGGGCACGUCGUCAGACGAAGACCAUCUCAACAUUUUUCUGGAGUAUGUCCCUGGCGGAUCUAUUGCAGGCAUGCUCAAGCAAUACAACACCUUCCAGGAACCUUUGGUUCGAAACUUUACGCGACAAAUCCUAGAAGGCCUGUCAUACCUGCAUGCCCGAAAUAUCAUUCAUCGGGAUAUCAAGGGCGCCAACAUUCUGGUUGACAACCGCGGCGCCGUGAAGAUCUCUGACUUUGGUGUGUCAAAGAAGACCAACUUCAAUGGAAUGAAUGGCACGCCUGGCACACGGACCUCGCUCCAAGGUAGCGUAUUCUGGAUGGCUCCGGAAGUGGUUCGACAGUCGGGACAGUCGAUCAAGUCUGAUAUCUGGUCUGUGGGAUGCUUGGUUGUCGAGAUGUUCACUGGCUCAAGACCGUUUCCCAGCAUGACCACCUUGCAGACGCUAUUUGCCGUCGGGAGCAAUAACGAGAAACCCACGAUUCCAGAGGCUGCAAGUGAAGAUGCCAAGAAUUUCAUGGAUAAGACGUUCGAGGCGGACCAUGAGAAGAGACCCGGCGCAGAUGAAUUGCUCAAGGAGAAGUUCUUGCAGGCUAUGGCUUGAAAAUUCUUGGGAGUUGGACUUGACCGUGCUUUCUGAACAGCAACAAUCUCUGUACGGAUAUGGGUAAAGCUGAGCUGGACUGAACUGCGAGAAACAAAUGGACCCAGGUGGGGAACAUAGUCCAUCUGAUGAGUUGUGUGAGUGUAUAGUGCAGAGAGUGCGCUGAACGAAGACAGGAGCCUCAAGUGAGUAGGAUCUGCCUAAUGUAUUUGAUAUUCAACAAUGAGCCGUAUGCAUGCUCUUCCUUGAGAACUUUCACAUCUCGCAGACAGGAUAAAAAGCAUCCAGGGCGGGCCCCCCUUCCCCCGUUCGCGCCUUUCUGGCAUACUC